AUGCGUUCCAUCCUGGCAUUGGCGGCCCUCGCCGCCGUUGACUUCGUCGCCGGAAGCGCCUGCAAGCCCAAGUCCAGCAACACGAUCCCCACGCUCGUUUCAUCCUCUACCGACGCUACCAGCUCGUCGACCGCUACAAGUGUCGUUACCCUCCCUAAAGUCCGGAACCUGGCCACCAAUGGAAACAUGGCCGAGGUCGAUCCCAACAACCCUCUCUCUGUUCCUGGUUGGGAAGUCGAUGGCGAUGCUCGUAUUGUGGGUGGUGCUGGACGUGAAGAGCCUGGAAGUACUGAACGAGGUUGCGCUGCGAUGAGUGCUUCCAAUAAUGGCGAUGGAAAGCGUGCUUUGGGUAUUUCUGUUAGUAUCUCGCAGAGCAUGUCCAACCUUGAUCUCUCGACGCCUUACACCAUUCGCUUUUACUACCUCGUCGUUACAUCACCUGCAGCCAUCAACCUCUGCCAGCUGACGGGCUUUCUCGGUGGUUCCGUGUUCUACCAGAACUGGGUUUUCAGCACUGGUACAGCCGUGUCUUGGAACGAGGUUCUCCAGGCUGUUACCCCGGCACAGGUCAACGCUCCUCUCCGCAUCGCGAUGAACUGUCUUAUUGGUGGUGGAGCGACUGUGCUUGUCGACUCUGUCUUCAUCUCCAACGCUGUCACGCCACAAAACAUCAACGACUUUGCUGUCAACUUUGGUAAUACCGGUACUGGUGCCAACCCUCCUCUUGAUCCUCCUGUGGUCGGUCCUCAGACGACCACCAGCUCUUCUCAGCAGGAGACUACCUCUGUAUCCCAGAAGCAAGAGACUACGUCUGUCCCUCAAAAACAAGAGACUACUUCUGCUGCCCAAGAGCAAGGAACUACAUCUGCCUCUCAGAAGCCAGAAACUACGUCGGCUCCUCAGAAGCAGGACACCACAUCUGUAUCCCAGAAGCAAGAGACUUCAUCGGCAUCCCAAGAGCCAGAGACUACGUCUGCCGCCCCAGUGCAGCCCACCGAGACAGGAACCACUGGUCAACAGAACCAGGCAACUUCAACCCAGCCUGCUUCACAACAGACCUCAACUGGUAAUUCCGAUGUCGAGACUACUAGCAAGCCAGUCUCUGAAGUCCAGUCCUCAACUGUACCAGUUGUAGGCACAACCAGCACAGCACCUGAGCAACCGUUCUGCUCCAAGGCUCUCAAUGGUGGCUGCUGGUGGAAACGCCCCGACAAUGGUAACGACAUGGUCAACUGCGCCAGCCGAGGUUCUUGGCCUGGAUCCACUGGACAAGGCCGUCUUGUCCCUCGUCCCGACAACUACCCUCUUCCCUUGAGUCAACUUUGGUGCUUGGGCUGGUGCUCUCUCUCCCCUGGCUGCAAGUCUGUUGCAUUCAUCCCCGAGGACCGCUCAUGCCGUUUCUCGGAGCAUCAAGUUCAGGACGCUGACUUCGUUCCUGGUCCUGAUCCUAAUCUCGACACUGAGGGCGUGUUUUACUGGCAUGAUCUGUCUUGCUUCAACUGUCCUUGUAACGAUGAGCCUUCUCCUACCUCUGUUGCAUCAACCACACAGUCAGCCGAACCUACCGAUCUUGUCAAACUGCCCGCUGCGUCAACUUGCCCCAAAUCCCUCGAAAAUGGAUGUCAAUGGAACGAGAGGUCUCAGGGCGGCAGUCUCACCUCUUGUCAGUAUCGCGGUCGAUGGCCGGGAAGUGAUGGCGCUGGCUUUGCUGUUGAGCAACCCCGUGACUAUCCUACGGCCUGGAGUCAGAUGUGGUGUGUUGCCUGGUGUUCCCUCUACCCCGGUUGCAAGUCUGCAGCUUGGAUGCCAAGUGACAGAUCGUGCCGCUUCUCCACUCAUCAAGUCUCAGAUGCUGACUUCGUCAUGGCUGCUGAUCCCAACUCAGAUUCCGUUGAAGAUGGCAUUUACUACUGGCACGACCUUGACUGCAUGACUUGCCCAUGUCAUGAUGACCCUACCAGCGAGACCAUCUCUUCGCUUCCUGCAGAGUCUACCACUCUCACCCGCGCUGUCACACCUAAGCCAAAUACCCCAACAACUGUCACGGCCACUACCAAGGCUGUCACAGGAACCCCAACACCUGGCCCCGUGGAGCAACCCUGCGAUUGGUCAUUCGGCCAGGGUAUCUGCCAGCGACCUUUCGAGAAGGAGCAAGGACCCUGUGGUGGAAAGCUCAUGAUUGUUAAUCCAUCACAGUACACAAAGUUACCACUGAACUGGAAGCCCGAAAUCACAGAGCCUGUCCAAUGUGCGAUCAUGUGUCAUACCAACCCUGAUUGUUACGCGUGGGGUUUCGAGUGGAGCAGCAACAUGAACUGUGUUCUUUCCCUUGGACAGACGGAAGUUGACCAAUUGGAGGUUGUAUCUUCAGGAGCUCAGUAUCGCUGGUACUCCCAUACCUGCUGGGAGUGCAGAGACUGUGUUACUCAGUGGAACUGGUCUUGGGAUUCUUUGCCUGCUGGAAACUGA